GGUUCUGGGAUUGAAUUCUUACAAAACGACAACAAUUUUUUUUACCGUUACCUCGCGUAGACAAGUGAAUGUUUUAGGUCCAUUUCGUAAGUCACAUUGCUUUUCUACGAAAAGCAACAUGGAGCAUGUUCAUCUCGCUGUAGAGGAGGAGGAUCUUUAUUCGGGUUACAACGACUAUAACCCAACAUUUGAUUCCGAGGAGUUGGAGAAUGACGUAGGCUUCCUGCAAGCUGUGAGGACAAGUCAUGGGAGAAGACCCCCGAUGACUGCUAAAUUUCCUGGCACUGCCAUUGGAGCCAGGCCAUUAGCAUCUUCCUUUGGAAGUCGGAUCCCCAUGGUGUCCUCAAUGGGCAGACCUAUGACCGGGGCUGUGCAGGAUGGAGCAGCCCGACCAAUGACUGCUGUCAGAGCAGCAGGUUACACCUCCACUCUGACUCGAGGCACAAACUUUGAUCCUCUGGGCCAGUCUAGAGGCCCUGCUCCUCCACUUGAAACAAGGAGUGAGGACACACCUGAGGAGAAGAUUAAGAUCCUGGAGAAGAAAGUGAAUGACUUGCUGGAAGAAAGUUGCAUGGCACAGAGCAUGGGAGCUAUACAGCUGGCUCUUGAAAAAGCUAAAGAGGCUGGGAGGAAGGAGAGAAUAUUGGUGAGACAGAGAGAACAUAAUGGAAAUGCUGACAUCAACGUGGAUCUCACCUACUCUGUUUUGCUCAACCUUGCCAACCAGUAUGCCAACAAUGAAAUGUACCCAGACGCCCUGAGGAGCUACCAGGUUAUUGUAAAGAACAAGAUGUUCAGUAAUGCAGGCCGUCUGAAAGUCAACAUGGCCAACAUAUACUUCAAACAAAAAAACUACCCAAAAGCCAUCAAGUUCUAUCGAAUGGCUCUGGAUCAGAUCUCAAACGCUCACAAGGAAAUGAGGAUCAAGAUCAUGCAAAAUAUUGGCGUGGUCUUUGUUCGCAUCGGCCAGUACUCAGAUGCCAUUACGUCUUUUGAACACAUCAUGAGUGAGAGCCCCAACAUCAAGACAGGAUUCAACCUCAUCUUGUGCUACUAUGCCAUUGGUGAUAAAGAGAGGAUGAAGAAGGCCUUUCAGAAGCUCAUUUCAGUCCCGUUGGGCAUUGAUGAUGAAGACAAGUACAUCCCAUCAAAUGAUGAUACAGAAUCAAAUAUGGUUAUCGAGGCUAUUAAGAAUGACAAACUUCACCAGAUGGAAAGAAAUCUAAAAGUCCUGGCAGAGAAGUACAUCAUGACUUCUGCCAAACUCAUCGCUCCAGCUAUUGAGACUUCUUUUGCUACUGGAUUUGACUGGUGUGUGGACAUGGUAAAGAGCUCUCAGUAUGUUGAACUUGCCAAUGAUCUAGAGAUAAACAAAGCCAUCACCUACCUCCGGCAGAAAGACUUCAACCAGGCAGUGGAGACUUUGAAAACAUUUGAGAAGAAAGACAGCAGAGUGAAGAGCGCUGCAGCCACCAACCUCUCCUUCCUCUGCUUCCUGGAGAAGGACUAUGACCAGGCUGACCGAUAUUCUGACCUCGCCAUGAACGCCGAUCGCUACAACCCAGCAGCUCUCAUCAACAAGGGCAACACGGUGUUCGUUAAGCAGGACUAUGAAAAGGCUGCAGAGUUCUACAAAGAGGCACUGAGGAACGAUUCCUCCUGCACCGAGGCCCUCUACAACCUGGGACUAACCUAUAAGAAGCUCAGCCGCCUGGAGGACGCCCUGGACUGCUUCCUGAAGCUCCAUGCCAUUCUGAGGAACAGUUCCCAAGUCAUGUACCAGCUGGCCCACCUUUAUGAGCUUCUGGAGGAUCCACAGCAAGCAAUCGAGUGGCUGAUCCAGGUGAUCAGUGUAACUCCCACUGAUCCACACGCACUGGCCAAACUGGGAGAACUCCAUGAUAGCGAGGGGGACAAGUCUCAGGCUUUCCAGUACUACUAUGAGUCAUUUAGGUACUUCCCUUCAAACAUCGAUGUUAUUGAAUGGCUCGGCGCUUAUUACAUUGAGACACAGUUCUGUGAGAAAGCCAUUCAGUACUUUGAAAGAGCCACACUCAUACAACCAACUCAGGUGAAGUGGCAGCUGAUGGUGGCGAGCUGUUACAGAAGGAGUGGAAACUACCAGAAGGCUCUGGACACCUAUAAAGACAUCCACAGCAAGUUUCCAGAAAACGUGGAAUGCCUGCGGUUCCUGGUGAGGCUGUGCACAGACAUGGGACUGAAGGAAGUCCAGGAAUAUGCCACCAAACUAAAGAAGGUGGAGAAGAUGAAGGAACUCAGAGAACAGAGGGUGAAGUCGGGCCGGGAAGGCAGCGGCCGCGGUCGGAGGGAGGGCAGCGCAGGGAGCGCAGGUAAAGGGGUCCUCACACCUGUUGUCACUCCUCCUAAGGCUUCCAGCGUCAUGGGCUCAUCAGAGACCGCCAAAGCAGAUAGCAGCCACAGCAGCAGCAGCACCAAAGGAGAGCGACUGAGCGCCAAGAUGAGGUCACUUCCCUCCUCCGCUGAGCCCUAUGAGGCCAGCAGCCCAAAAGAAAUAGAUGCGUCUUACGUGGACCCGCUGGGGCCUCAGAUGGAGAGACCGAAGACGGGGGCCAGGAGGCGCGUGGACGACGACGACUUCGCAGAUGAGGAGCUCGGAGACGACCUGCUGCCGGAGUAGCUGCCUCUGCUCCGCCUCCGCCUCCACCUCCACCUCCACCUCCACCUCCACUGCUGGGUCUGACCUUUCCUCCUUGGCAACUUUUAAAAGGCCACAAAAGCCAAACUGACAAGUACAAAAGGUGGAAAACACCAAAGGUUGACGUGUCUGUCGUGGGAAUGAAGGCGCAGAGUCUGUUGUUUCACUCCUGAGACAUAAAAAGCUUCAGAUGUCUGUAUGCGUUUAGCAGAGGCCACACUGGUUCCAGUCCAGUCUGUUCAGACAGUCAUGGCUCUGAGCUCCAGCUCAAUAAAACCACCGCGGGUCACGACAACAGUCACUAAACCUGGCAGAACCUAAAAGUCUGCAUGUUUGCGUUUCCUCUUCGCCGCAGUUCAGGGACCGGCGCCAAAGCAAUGAAAAAACAAUCAGUGUCCUAAUGUUUUAGUGUGUGCUGGUUUCCACGUGUGAACCUGCAAAGCUGCAAAGUCCAUCAGCAUCUCAAAGUGAACCUGAUCCAGUCCCACGGUGUAAUGUUUAUUACGUGUCUGUUCAGUUUGUCGUUCUUCAUAAUUAAAAGAAAUUUGUAUUUAA